UACAAGUCCCCCACUGGGGAUCGAGUCUACAACCUGGGCAUGUGCCCUUGACCAGAACGGAACCUGGGACCUUUCAGUUUGCAGGCCGACGCUCUAUCCACUGAGCCAAACCAGCUAGGGCUCUUGCUUAGUUUUUAAUCUCAGUUUUUAUUAUACCAAUUUUCUGAAACUAUGUUCUUCUUUUAAAAAGUUUUAUUUUCCCUGAAUUAGUAUCUGCCUAUUUAAUAUAUAGUAUUCCUAUUAUGAUAUAAUAAAUAAAUGUCUAAUCAGCUUUAUCUGAAAAUAUAAACAACAUUGUAAGAUAUCAAAUGCGUGUAUAUGUGUUUAAGUUUGGAGACAAAAAAAGCGCAAAGUUUAGGCAUUUUACAGCACCAUGUAGAAAUAUUUAAUAAUUUUUUCUUUUAAUUCUGAAUGAAAAAUUCAGAGAUCCUUAUUAAGUUUUUAAUGACUAACGAUGCAGUCCUAUUCACUUGAAAAGAAAACAGUAGAAAUCAGCAAGCAGAAGUUUAUAAAGUGUGGCUUUUAUGUUCAAUAAUCACAGUGUUUUUGGAAGUAACUGGCCUUUUCUCUGUAUAAUAUACCUCAAUUUAUUCUGUAUUUCUUAUUUAUUAUCAGAAAAACAGUUUCUUUCUAGAUAUUAGGCUUUUUAAUAAAAGUCUACAUGAGGUAGGUGUUACAAUGCUGUUCUCACUUUCAGUGGUAUUAGAAUAGGCAUUCAUGUGGUCUACUCUUUGCCUUUCUUUCUUUGGUGAAGAGAAAUUAAAUUCCACUAUAUUUGAAUUAAGUGUGCGAUCAACAUAAAGGUCAGUCCCUUUUUUAAUUCUUCAAGUAACUUUAAAGCUAAUGUAAGAAAAACAAAGACAUAUUAAAGAAAGGAAACAAAAUUGCAUAGAAUAAGUGAAGGAAUACAAUUUUUAAAUAGCAAGUAUUUAAAGACACUGAAAAUUGUGUUUAUCCUACUCAAAGGUUCAUUUAUGCAUGCCUGAAUACAGCAAGCAUUUAGUGACUGUCUGAUUUGCCAACCAAAGAUGACAAAGACAUAGUUUCCAUCCCUAAGUAGGGACAGAUUGGCAUGAAACAGGAAGCAAUAAUAUGUACAGGAGAGUUAUACAAGAUUUUAUGGUAGCACGGAGAAGGGACAACUUAAAUGCUCUCUUCUAGAUUAUAGAGUGAUGACUCUAUUUGGGCAGUGUAAUUAUGUUUUGAAGAAAUUUGUUGAAGAAACUGAAACAAGUUUCUUUGGUCAGUUCUUGAUGUUCCUAUCCACAAUGUUUCUGAAAAGGGAAAACCUAUUAUUUUGGUGAUCUCAGAAGUCACUAUAGGUUUCCCUUUGGUUCCUGACAUUGCACGGGGGUAGUUUCAGAAGUGGAAGGCCCAGUACACAGCUAAAUAUAGCACAAUGAGGCGCACAGAGUUAACUGCUAGAAACAUUCUUUUUGCAACUAUUCUUUUUACUUUCCUCAUGAAGCAAUGAAAAAUCUCAACAACUUGAACAGUUUUCUAUCUCAACAUUAUAUUUUACAAAACAUACACAAAAAUGGAAUAGUUAAAUGAUCCACUAAGGAAGAAAUGUAUAAAUAUAUAUGCACACACUUUGGGUACAGCCAUUUGAGUCUGUUGGAAGCCAGGAGGUGGCGCUGCAGGCUAAAGAGACAGAAUAAAGACUUGAACUAAGAAUGCUGCAGAAGUCACUAACAAAAAAAAAAAAGGAAGAACGCAGCAGGCAGGCUGGGAGAAAAGCCAUAGCUGCUCAAGACUGCGGAAAGAAAACACCAUUCCAGACCCCUGCCACUAUAUGGUGUAGGUCUGGGGUUUGCAACUGCUGUUUCUUUGUGCUGGGAGCUGUGAUUGUGACCGAUAUUGACAAAAGAUGUGUUCAGAAGAAGCUAUGGAGGCUGGAGGGUUGUGCUGCCCAAGACAAAGGCAAGUCCUGUUUCUCUUUCUGUUUUGGAGAGUAUCCUUGGCAAGAUCUGUGUUUGGACGAUAUUCAGUGACAGAGGAAACAGAGAGGGGGUCGUUUGUGGUCAAUCUGGCAAAGGAUCUGGGGCUAGGGGAUCGGGAGCUGGUUGCAAGGGGAGCCCGGGUGGUCUUUGAUGAUAACAAACAACACUUGCUACUGGAUUCUCAUACUGGGGAUUUGGUCACAAAUGAGAUACUGGACCGGGAGAAGCUGUGUGGCUCCACAGAACCCUGUAUGCUGUAUUUCCAAAUUUUAAUGGAUAACCCCUUUCAGAUUUACCGGGCUGAGCUGAGGGUUGGGGACAUAAAUGAUCAUUCACCAGUGUUUCAGAAAAAAGAAACAGUCUUAAAAAUAAUAGAAAAUACAGCUGAAGGGGCAACAUUUCCACUAGAAAGAGCACAGGAUUCAGAUGGAGGACUUAACGGUAUCCAAAACUACACCAUCAAUCCCAACUCUUUCUUUCAUAUUAAAAUUGGUGACAGUGAUGAAGGCACGAUAUAUCCAGAGCUAGUGUUGGACAAGGCGCUGGAUAGGGAGAAGCAGGAAGAGCUCAGUUUAACACUCACAGCGCUGGAUGGCGGGUCUCCACCCAGAUCUGGAACUUCCACUAUACGCGUUGUGAUCCUGGAUGUGAAUGACAAUGCCCCACAGUUUUCUCAGGCAAUCUACCAGACCCAGGCUCCAGAGAACAGCCCAGUGGGUUCCAUUAUUGCUACAGUCUCUGCAGUAGAUGGAGACUCUGGAGUCUAUGCAGACAUAGCCUAUUCAUUUUUUGAUGCUUCUGAAGAUAUUGGUUCAACCUUUCAAAUCAAUCCCUUUUCUGGGGAAAUCGUUCUCAGAGUGUUGCUUGAUUAUGAGCUAAUAAAGUCUUACAAAAUAAAUAUACAGGCAGUCGACGGUGGCGGCCUUUCUGCAAGGUGUACGGUUCUGGUUGAGGUGUUAGACACCAAUGACAAUCCCCCGGAGCUGAUCAUGUCAUCACUUUCCACCCAUGUUCCUGAGAACUCUCCUGAGAUGAUAGUGGCUGUUUUUAGGAUUAAAGACAGAGACUCUGGAGAAAACGGGAAAAUGCUAUGCUCCAUCCAAGACAAUCUGCCAUUCCUUCUGAAACCCUCUGUGGAGAAUUUUCACAUCCUAAUGACAGAAGGAGCUCUGGACAGAGAGAGUCAGGCCGAGUACAACAUCACCAUCACGGUCACCGACUUGGGGACCCCCAGGCUGAAAACCCAGCACAACAUCACCCUGCUGGUCUCCGACGUCAACGACAACGCCCCCGCCUUCACCCAAACCGCCUACACCCUGUUCCUCCGCGAGAACAACAGCCCCGCCCUGCACAUCGGCAGCGUCAGCGCCACAGACAGGGACGCGGGCGCCAACGCCCAGCUCACCUACUCGCUGCUGCCGCCCCACGACCCGCGGCUGCCCCUGGCCUCGCUCGUGUCCAUCAACGCGGACAACGGCCACCUGUUCGCCCUGAGGGCGCUGGACUUCGAGGCGCUGCAGGCGUUCGAGUUCCGCGUGGGCGCCACGGACCGCGGGUCGCCCGCGCUGAGCAGCCAGGCGCUGGUGCGCGUGCAGGUGCUGGACGCCAACGACAACGCGCCCUUCGUGCUGUACCCGCUGCAGAACGGCUCUGCGCCCUGCACCGAGCUGGUGCCCAGGGCGGCCGAGCCGGGCUACCUGGUGAGCAAGGUGGUGGCGGUGGACGCAGACUCGGGCCAGAACGCCUGGCUGUCGUUCCAGCUGCUCAAGGCCACGGAGCCCGGGCUGUUCGGCGUGUGGGCGCACAAUGGCGAGGUGCGCACGGCGCGGCUGCUGAGCGAGCGCGACGCGGCCAAGCACAGGCUGCUGGUGCUGGUCAAGGACAAUGGCGAGCCCGCGCUGUCGGCCAGCGUCACGCUGCACGUGCUGCUGGUGGAUGGCUUCUCGCAGCCCUACCUGCCGCUGCCGGAAGUGGCGGCCGACCAGGCGCAGGCCGACCCGCUGACGGUCUACCUGGUCAUCGCGCUGGCGUCGGUGUCGUCGCUGUUCCUGUUCUCGGUGCUGGCGUUCAUCGCGGUGCGGCUGUGCAGGCGGAGCAGGGCCGCCUGGGUGGGUGGCUGUUCGGUGCCUGAGGGCCCCUUUCCGGGCCACCUGGUGGACGUCAGCGGUACUGGGACCCUGUCCCAGAGCUACCAGUAUGAGGUGUGUCUGAUGGGAGGCUCAGGGACCAGCGAGUUCAAGUUUUUGAAGCCAAUUCUUCCCAAUAUUCAGGAACAGGGGCUUGAGAGGAAUAGUGAAGAAAACCCUACCAUUCAAAAUAGCUUUGGAUUUAAGUUUUAGUAAAAUUUUUUUAUAUUUUCAUGUACUUUUGAAGUGUUUUACAACCAUAUUAAUAUUAGUUUAGUUUUCAAAAUCCACGUUAAAUUAUUAUGCAACUUCAAGCCUUAUAUUUUUUCAUCUUUUUUUUUUCCGGAGGGAGAAAGGGAGAGGGAGCUAGAAACAUCAAUGAUAAGAGAGAAUCAUUGACCUGCUGCCUCCUGCACGCCCCCUAUUGGGGAAUCGAGCCUGUAACUCUGGCAUAUGCCGUGACAGGGAAUGGAACCUGAUUUCUGCUUCAUGGGUGAUGGUCAACCACUGAGCCACCGGGAUGGGCAAACCUAAUUUUAGAGUACUUUAUAUAUAUGUCUUUACAGUGUUCUUUUAUCAUAUUUGCAUUAAUCAACAGUUUAAUUAGCACCCAUUUUAAAAUAAUCGUUUUAAGGUUUAAUUCUUUGACAAUACACAGUGAUUUUAGUUAUUUCUCAUUCUAGAAAACAGGUUUUUAUUUUUCUCUUAGUAUAUUUCACAGACUGCAUCUCAUUCUAUCCACCCCUCUAUUGUAUUUCCUCUAUAUAAGAAGACAUAUGUGUACUUCUGACCUUAUUCUAACAUUGUGUUUAAUCCUAUUAGAAAUCCAUGUCAUCUAGUUCUAAAUCAUAGCAUUUAAAAAGAAAUAGUUCUCUAUUAUUCUGCUAUGAUAAAAUGAAGCAUCAUUUUGUGAGCAAUGUUGGACUCUAGCAAUAUCCUUGUUUAUAUUAUUAUGUCAUGUUCUUUACAUACACUACUCUUACCCAGUAUUUCUAAUGUUCACUUUUGCUGAUAUGUUAUAUAGAACAUGUUAUAUAAUUCAAGGAAAAUGUAAUCACAUGCAUGAAAAUGAUUAUAAAUAAAAUCAUUUUGAAAGUUUGAA